CCAAAGAAGGUUUGACCUCCCUUGUCUGAGACUCUACAGUUGGAGGUGCUUUCUUUACUGCAGCACUUAAUCAGAUGAGGCCUCGAGGACGCAUUGCUGUGUGUGGUGCAAUAUCCCUGUACAACAACACCACACCUCAGAUGUGUCCUUUUCCCCACAUGGCCAUGCUGGCUAAAAGCAUAAGGAUGGAGGGAUUCCAAGUCAAUCAAUGGCCAGAGAAAGAUGAGGAAUCUGUCAAAAGACUGCUCACAUGGCUAAAGGAGGUCCUUAUCCACACAUGCAUAUGAUCUUUAAGGAGUUGCGUAUGGAGGGCUUCCUGGUGGGGAGAUGGGCGCAUAGAAAUGACGAGUCUCUGAGAAGGCUGUUGACUUGGCUGCAGGAGGGAAAGCUGAAGUGUAGAGAGCAUGUGACUGUUGGGUUUGAGAACAUGCCAGCUGCCUUCAUGGGGAUGCUGCAGGGAGAAAACAUGGGGAAAGCCAUCGUUAAAGUCUGAAGACCUUUCUUCUGGCCCCGUAUUGCAAAACUCUGAGAAUGUAAUAAAUUCUUUGGCUUGUUUUUGAA